AUUUUUGAGUUUUCUGAUUUUUUUUGCCGCUUUGAUUUCGGUUUUUUUUCUCGUUUAAUUGUUGAUUAGUUUUUCUUUGUUAAUUGUUGAUUGUUACUUUUGGAAUAAUGUCAGUUGAUGUCAUGAAUCCAAAUUCUGAUCGGGAGAUUACCGAAGAUGAGGCUAAAUUAUAUGAUAGACAAAUUCGCUUGUGGGGUGUUAACUCUCAAAAGAUGUUGAGAAAAGCCAAUGUUCUUUGUGUUGGUUGUUCUGGACUCUCAUCUGAGGUUAUUAAGAAUAUUGUGUUGGCUGGAAUCAAUUCUUUAACGGUUAUGGAUGAUGCCAAGAUUAGUGAGAAAGAUUCUUUCAGUAAUAUCUUUACUCGUGUUAAAAUUGGCCUUAAUCGAGCAGAAGUUUCCGUUGAGAAUAUUAAGACUUUAAACCCAAUGGUUAUGGUUAAAGCUUUAGAUUGGAAUAUCAAAGAGAAACUAGAGACCCCAGAUGAGAAUUUUGUUAAUCUAUUGAAAAAUUGUAAUGUAGUUUUCAUCUCUAACUAUGAUCCAGAUACUAUGAUGAAACUCAAUGAUUUAUGUCAUUCCAUUGAAAAUGUGAAUAUAAAUUUUUUCGCUGCUUGUGAUUGGGGUUUCUAUGGUUUCUCUUUCACUGAUUUGGGUAGAAAGUAUAAUUAUAUAUCCGAAGAAGUGACUCAAAAAGAAAUCUAUACCGAAGGCCCUGCAGAAAAGAAAUUGAAAAAUGAGCAACCAGAAAAAGCUUAUGUACAAAAGUAUCUUGACUUUGUACCUUUAAGACAAGCUCUUGCUGUUAAAUCUGGAAAAGCUGGAAUAGGAAUUACCAAGAGAACAAGCUCUGUUCUAAUCUUAGUUCAUGUUCUCUUCAAGUUUUACCAGGCAAAAGGUCGAUAUCCAGAAGCCGAACACAGAUCAGAGGAUAUUGAGCUACUCAAUCGACUGAAAGACGAAGUUGCUGACGAUUUAGCUUACAGUAAAUCAAGUUUAAAAGAUUUAGAGGAAGAUCAAUUUUUCGACAAUGUCUACGGUGAAUUAAGUCCAGUUUCAGCUAUAAUUGGAGGUGCUCUUGGUCAAGACAUAAUUAGAUCCAUAACCCACCAAGAUGCUCCCAUACGAAACUUUUUCCUCUUCAAUGGACUCAGAUUAUCUGGUACCGUCGAAAGCAUUGGAAAAUAAAAAUCGAUAAUAACUUAUUCGAUUCAUCUAAUAUUUACCUCAUCUUCAUCAACCAAACUAAACGAUAAAAUUACCACAAUUAAACAAUCUCAGAAAGGCAAUUCAAAGCUCCAUUCAUCAAUAACUACAACAAAAAUAUAUUUUCUUUAUACUCCUAAUUAAUUGUGAUGAUCCCUUUUUUGAUAGACAGAAAUAAUUAUUUUUUGUUUAUUUUCACUUUUGGUUUUUGUUGAUCAUUAACAAAUCAAUCUUAGUGUAAA